UGUAUAAAAAAAAAGUCAUUGCCGUGAUCAACACCAGUCGUUUGGACAAACAUUUAAGUGAUUUUAUGUAGUAAAUAGGAUUCCAAAAGAGAAAUCAAGGUGCUUGGGAAAAUAUCGAGCUCUUGAAGAACGGUUUAGGAAAAUAAUGACACGUUGUUCUUUGAGGAAAACUGUGCUGGUAUCGCCUUAUACCCUGCAAAGGCAAAUCAGAUCUGAGUCAAAUUUUCAAUUCCCGCCGCCAACCAUCACUCACGCGUACCUGCACACCCAAAUCCCGUUUCGAAAAGAUAUAAAAGAAGGUCGCUGAACACCCUCGCGUCGAUUUUCUUCUUCUUCUUUUUUUCUUUAGCUUUAGAGUCUUUUUCUACAUUCUACACAUCAUACAUCAUGGUCGUUCAAGUCGGUAUUAACGGUUUCGGUCGUAUUGGUCGCAUUGUCCUCCGUGCUUCCAUUGAGAACCCCAACGUUGAAGUCGUUGCCAUCAACGAUCCUUUCAUCCCCUUGGACUACAUGGUCUACAUGUUCAAGUACGACUCCACCCACGGUCGUUUCAACGGUACCGUUGAAGCCAAGGAUGGUAAGCUCGUUGUGAACGGCAAGUCCAUUGCUGUCCACGCUGAGCGUGAUCCCUCUCAAAUCCCCUGGGGUCAGUCCAACGCUUACUAUGUUGUUGAAUCCACUGGUGUCUUCACCACCAUUGAAAAGGCCAAGGCUCAUUUGGUCGGUGGUGCCAAGAAGGUCAUCAUCUCGGCUCCCUCCGCUGAUGCUCCCAUGUUCGUCUGCGGUGUCAACUUGGAAGCCUACAAGUCCGAAUACCAAAUCAUCUCCAACGCUUCCUGCACCACCAACUGUUUGGCUCCCCUUGCCAAGGUCAUUGAUGACAACUUUGGUAUCGUCGAAGGUUUGAUGACCACUGUCCACGCUACCACUGCUACCCAGAAGACCGUUGACGGUCCCUCUGGUAAGGACUGGCGUGCCGGUCGUGGCGCUGGUGCCAACAUCAUCCCCGCUUCCACUGGUGCUGCCAAGGCUGUCGGUAAGGUUAUCCCCCACUUGAACGGCAAGUUGACCGGUAUGUCCUUCCGUGUCCCCAACCCCGAUGUCUCCGUUGUCGACUUGACUGUCCGCCUCGAAAAGGCCGCCUCUUAUGACGACAUCAAGGCCGCUAUCAAGAAGGCCUCCGAGAACGAGCUCAAGGGUAUCCUCGGCUACACCGAAGACGAAGUCGUCUCCACUGACUUCUUGGGUGAUGCCCGCUCUUCCAUCUUUGAUGCCAAGGCCGGUAUCUCUUUGAACCCCAACUUUGUCAAGUUGGUCUCCUGGUACGAUAACGAAUUCGGUUACUCCAACCGUGUCAUCGACCUCUUGAUCCACGCUGCCAAGGUCGACGGUGCUCUCUAA